UGAGACAUCGGAGUUGACGAGUUGUCAAGUUGAGGAGUUCGGAUUCGCAAGUGGCGGCGUCUCGUCUGUGUCUGAUUGACUCUAACCUCUCUCUUUCCCCUUCUUUGGUUUUUACUUCCUCGAAUUCUCCUUCAAAUUCCAACCAAAUCGCAAAACCAAAACCAAAAACCCAAACCGAACCCUUUCCCUCUCUUAAAUUUCGCCUUCUCCAUGUCUCUAAGACUGUCGAAUUCGUCGGAGAAUCUGAUGCUCCCGGUGUCCGAUCCUCCCAAGACCCAAGACGCCGACAACAAGCUCUUCAAAGGUUCCGCCAUGACCAAACGCGGAGCCUUCGCCGCCGUCUCCUACAUGUCCUGCGCCGUUCUGUUGGUGAUGUUCAAUAAAGCAGCGCUUUCGUCUUAUAACUUUCCGUCCGCUAAUGUCAUCACACUUCUUCAGAUGGUAUGUUCGUGUUGCUUUCUCUAUUUAUUGAGAUGCUGGAGGAUGAUUUCUUUCUCAACAGGCGAACCCUUACAUAUAUCUGAGAACUCAUCCAAAUUUGUAUCAUUGAAGACUUUGAAGCACACUCUUCCUCUGUCAGGAGCUUAUUUAUUUUACAUGCUAGUCACCAUGGAGUCUGUUCGUGGAGUAAAUGUUCCAAUGUACACAACUCUUAGGAGGACCACAGUGGUAUUUACAAUGCUUGUAGAGUUUGUUCUGGUGGGGCAAAGAUAUACACCUUCUGUUAUUUUCAGUGUUGGCUUGAUUGUCUUUGGUGCGUUUGUUGCUGGAGCACGGGAUUUAUCUUUUGAUGGUUAUGGCUAUGCUGUUGUUUUCAUGUCAAACAUCGCCACAGCAAUAUAUCUUGCAACCAUAGCCCGCAUUGGGAAAACUAGUGGUCUUAAUAGCUUUGGCCUAAUGUGGUGCAAUGGUAUUAUAUGUGGGCCUGUUUUGCUCAUCUGGACAUUUGUUCGUGGUGACUUGAUGACAACAAUCAAUUUUCCACAUCUCUUCUCACCUGGUUUUAUAGUUAUUUUGCUUUUUUCCUGCAUGCUGGCAUUCUUCUUGAAUUACUGUAUUUUUCUGAACACAACACUAAAUUCAGCUGUGACACAGACAAUUUGUGGUAAUCUGAAGGAUCUAUUUACUAUUGGCCUUGGCUGGAUGAUUUUUGGUGGGCUACCAUUUGAUUUUUGGAAUUUAAUUGGGCAAUUUCUCGGUUUUGCCGGAUCUGGUUUAUACGCCUACUACAAGCUCAUUGGCAAAUAACUUGUAUAAGUCCUCUAGUGAAGUCUUUUUUCAAUUUGGGAGUGCCAUUUGCUUCAUUCUUUUGCCCAUCACUGCAUCCCUUGAGAAGGGGGAGAAGAAUCUGAAUCAAACUAAGGUUUGGGAACUUGUGGACGACUAAUCUAUACUUCGGGAAGUUUUGCUAAUACAAGUUGACAUACAAACAGUUUCUGGGGAAUCAGACGAGAAAGGAUGGCCAUGGCUUUAAUGUAUUCAAACAUCAAACUUCUAAUGAUCUAGUUUGUAUGUUCGCCCAUUGCAUUUGAUGAAUCUCAUGCAUAUCCUUGUAAGAUGUAACUGUUAACAAGCACUGUAUUUUGAUAGCUAAUUCAUCGUGGACAGAAAAUUUAAAUCUACCAAUUCAUUUCAUUA